GGCACCAAUACUCUCCCGAGCCUGAUGACUUCAUCCACCACAGCCGCGAAGCUCCUCGCUCUUCUCAUCCCUCUUGCUCUCCUCUACGCAGGCUACCUCAAUCUGUACGCCCUUACGGUAAUCCACGCAGGCUACCUCAUCCAGCUCUCCUUCCGCCAGCCCAGCACCAAAACAGUCAAAACCCCUUCCGAGUCAUGGAUAAUGUGGAUGGUCGCCUCGCCGCUGGGUACAAGCUUCGCGCGCAUUGUCACGCUCAUUAUAGCUAUCCACCAUGCCACCGUCUCGCUAGCGAAGUUUUCAAACGCAUUGCCCCGGUCUGAUAAUGUGCUGCUAUAUAGCUGCGCUACGCCUGCCUAUUUGGACCCCGAGCUGUUCACGUGGUCACCUCACACGUUUGCGACUCUGGCGCUGCUGUAUACGGGGAGCUACGUUCGGUUCAGCGCGUACGCGGAACUCGGAACAAACUUCACGUAUCGUCUCGCGAAGCCGGAUCAGCUUGUUACUAGUGGGCUGUACGCGUACGUGAGGCAUCCCUCAUACACGGGGCUGCUUGCUGUGCUGAUGGCGAUGUAUUCGCUCUUCUUUCGGCAGAGAGGACUCCCGAGCUGUUCGACGCCGCUGGUGAGUGAAAGGCUUUUUGAGGAAGCUUGGGUUGGUUAUGCGAUCGCUGUUAUUGGAUUUAGCGUUCCCGUUUGGCUGUUUAUGGUGAAGAGGGUCAAGGAAGAAGAGAAGAUGAUGGAGAUGGAGUUUGGGCAGAAGUGGAAGGAGUAUUGCGAGAGGACGAAGAAAUUCAUUCCAUUCGUGUAUUGAGAGCAGCAUAGAUUUCGUGGCAUACGAUCA